AUGUGUGGUCGGUUUACCUUUGAGGUGUGUGUUGGAAUUUUGUCGUUUUUGGUCCUCGCUAAACCCAGCUCUACGGUUUUUUUUGAAUUUUUGGGAAGCUUUCGAGCCUUUGUAUCAAUACCUGGCAACGAAAUGUCAGGUUCUGUGAAUUUUCCUAAUGCUGCAAACGCAUUAGCUGGAUCUACGACUAAUUCUGACAAAGAGCCGGUUCUGGAGCGAAGAGAAGAAGCAGAGCCCCCAAAGAUGAGCAAAUCUGCAUUAAAAAAACUUCGUCGUCAACAAGAAUGGGAAGCAGGACGCGAAAAGCGCGCCGGAAUACGCCGAGAGAAAAAGAAACAGAAAAAGGAAGAGAGAAAGCGCAAAAUUGAUGCUGGUGAGAAAGUUCCUAGCCAAAAGAAAAAGAUAAGAGAAGGAAAAAUAACACCUUCUGAAAUGCGUGUCGUUCUGGAUUGUGGAUUUGACGAAUUAAUGAAUGAAAAGGAAAUCGCUUCUUUGUGUCAACAAUUCACCAGAUGUCACUCUGCAAAUAGAACUGCUUUGCAUCCUGUGGAAUUGUAUGCUACUGACUUUGGUGGUCGUUUGGAAGCUAGACAAGAAUACGUUUUACGCGGUCAACAAAAGAACUGGAAACGCUAUCAUCCUACAACUAACAGUUAUUUGGAAGAAUUUGUUAACGAGAAGGAAAAAAUGGUGUACCUUUCAGCAGACUCGGAUGAGACUUUGCACGAAUUGAAGGAAGACGAAAUUUACAUUAUUGGAGCCCUCGUUGAUAAAAAUAGAUACAAGAAUAUCUGCGAUGAAAAAGCUAAAAGUCAAGGGAUUCGAACGGCAAAACUUCCAAUUGGCGAAUAUAUUCGCAUGUCUGAUCGAAAAGUCUUGACUGUAAAUCAUGUUUUUGAGAUUUUGUCUUUAUGGCUAGAGCAUCGCGAUUGGGAAAAGGCUUUCUUGGAGGUCAUUCCUAAGCGGAAAGGUCUUGCUUCUUUGGACGAAGAGGAAAGCAGAGAGCAAAGCCUCGAACAAGAAAGCGUUUCCGAAAAGGCUGAAGAAGCUGAAGACGAAGCAAAAACUGCGGAUGGAGUUGAGAUGCCUGCCGAGAAAAGGAUAAAAAUUACGGAAUAA